UACGAACUCCUGACAAUUUCUGGUUUCAGUUCUGAUUUUUGUCGCGGUAUUUCUGUAUCUGUGCGGCGUUUGGACGCGUGACAACAGGCUGGGUCUUACCAAGGUCUGAACAGAGGAUUAUAAAGAUGCCGCCUGUAAAGAAGGCAGUGAAGAAGAGAGCUCCGCCGAAGCACAAACUGCCCGAGCCGCUGAAGCCCGGAGAGGUGCUGACUGACAACAUGAAGAGGCAGUGGAAAGUGGGAGGAGCUGUGGGACAGGGGGGCUUUGGACUUCUGUAUGCAGCAUCUCCAAAUGGACCUGGCUCAGUUGGACCAAAUGCAGAAUAUGUCAUCAAAAUUGAACCACAUGACAAUGGGCCCCUGUUCUCAGAAAUUAACUUCUACCUGAGGACUGCAAAGCAAGACAUGAUCACAGAUUGGAUGAAAGCGAAGAAGCUGAAACACCUGGGUGUGCCUAAGUACAUUGGAUCAGGUUCUCACGAGGGGAAGAGCCGGCUCAGGUUCAUGGUGAUGGAGAGGUUUGGGGAGAACCUGCAGAAGGUGUUUGAGUCGUCAGGAAAAGCCUUCAGCCGGAGAGACGUGGACAUGUUAGCUGUACGACUGUUGUACACCCUGGAGUACUUACACGACCACCAGUUUGUCCAUGCAGACAUCAAGGGAUCAAACCUGUUACUGGGCUUCACCAAAGGGACACAAGAUCAGGUAUACCUUGUUGACUAUGGGCUGGCGUAUCGGUACCUACCAGACAGUGGGCACAGGGAUUAUAAGGAAGACCCACGGAAGGCACACGACGGGACUCCAGAGUUUACCAGCUCUGAUGCACACAAGGGUGUCCCUGCGGCCAGAAGAGGAGACAUAGAGAUCCUGGGCUACGUGCUGCUGCAGUGGCUGUGUGGACAGCUGCCCUGGGAGGAUAACCUCGCCAACUGUGACUACCUCAGGGACCAGAAGAUCAAAUACUUGAAGAACAUUCCAUCUUUGUUGAAGGCCUGUUUUCCAAAGGGGGACUGCCCAGAUGAGGUGCGGAAGUAUCUGGAGUACACCAGUGCUCUAGUGUUAAACUCCAGCAGAUAUAAGGAGAGACCGGACUACGACUAUCUCCGGGGCCUGUUCACGUCUGCCCUGAAGAAGGCAGGUUCAAAGGAUGACGGGAAAUUUGACUUUCUUGCUGCAAAACCGAAGUCUGGCAAGAAAGCAGUAAUCAAAUCCAGCACAGAUGAUGAAGUUCAGAGUCCAAAGAGAGCUCGAUCUGCGUCCCCUAAAAAGAAACCCGCCCCAAAGCAGAAAGCUGCGAAGAGGAGAUCAGAUAGCUCAGAAGCCUCGCCACCCCCGAGGAAAAGAGCAGCACCAAGGAAGAAAGUCGUGAAGAGGACGGUCGACGAUUCAGACUCGGACUCACCUCCUCCAAAACCAAAAACUGCACGGACCAAAAAAGCAGCACCGUCAAGGAAAGCUAAGUCUCCAGCGUCUAAGUCUCCCAAGUCCAAAGCAGGAGCUGCAAAGCGAGGUAGGAAAGCGCGUGCCCUGAGCACCAUCGCCACGCAGACAUCGCCAGGCCUGAUGGCCAGGGGAAGACUGUCCAACGGAACGUGAAGAUUCAAUGAAGAAUCGGCUUAAUGCAGCAUGUUGGCAGAGCGUACUGUGCCUGUUCGAAAGCCAGAUUUUUCACGGUUUUCGUUGAACGUUGCAUCAGAAUUUCGCUUGUUGCAGACGACAUCUUUUCUGACACAACACUUGAAAAUUAUAGACAGGAUGUCAUCCUUAAAUGCACAAAUACAACUUUAGAGAGGACAUUCUGACUAUAUGUAAGCAUGAUGUACAGGUUUCACACAGGCGCAGUAUGUUCUGCCAAUAUGCUAGCUUGUGUACAAGAUUAUGACGAAUGCCUGUAAGUAGUAUAUUUGUUCAAACGCCUGACUAGCUUUUUAUACUAAAGAAGUAUUGAUACAUGUAGGUGGCUUUAUGCUGAACAGCUCAUGAGGUCUUUCAUGCAGUAAUAGUUAAUGGCUUUGUAGAAUAUUUAUGCCACUGUGGUAAGCAUUCUCACUUAGGCCACAGCAAGUACAUUUUAUGGAUGACAUCCUCAGCAGAUUCCAAAUCUAUUGUGAGCGGGCGAAAAAAAAA